AUGAUCGAGGUCAUCUGCAACGACCGGCUGGGAAAGAAGAUCCGAGUCAAGUGCAACCCUGAUGACACCGUCGGCGACCUCAAGAAGCUCCUCGCCGCGCAGGCAACGCUCCGCCGCCCGCCGCCGUCCGGACUCACCUCGCCCGAGCGCGCGGCGCACCUGCCUACGGGCACGCGGCCAGAGAAGCUGCGCAUCCAAAAGUGGUACACGGUGUACAAGGACCACAUCAGCUUGGACGAUUACGAGAUCCACGACGGCAUGGGCCUCGAGCUUUACUACAACUAG